AUGGCUACGGCUAUUUCACCAUUUGGGUCUACCAAAGAGACUACUAACUAUGCAAGGUUAUGCCGCCUCCUGGUGGAUGUUGGAUCUCAGGUGCUUCGGUCCACUUUUGACACAAUACAUCCACCAGCGACUCUACAUACAGUUUUGGGAAGUACCUCAGUGCAUUACGCCACAUUGCAAUCACUGUACAAAGGGAGGAAGAAAGUGCUGAAUCCCACGCAAUGGGGAAAGUUGCACCCUUCUCACGCACCAGUGUCUUUUGCAGCCUUCGAUAUCACACUUCUAACGGUGCUUCUUAGAAAUAUCUGUGGUUUGGGCCCUCCUGCCAAUGGAUGGGAUCGUCUUCCCCCAGCUACAAACAUAAGCAUCGCAGAUGACAUCGCCAGAGUCAAGUAUUACAGGAACACUGUAUACGGCCAUGCUUCUCAAGCCUCUGUGGAUGACAGUAGUUUCAGUGCUUACUGGAAAGAAGUAAGAGAAGCUUUGGUAAGACUGGGAGGAGCUCAUUUUAGAGCUGAAAUCGGCAAUCUUGAGCACGACUGCAUGGAUCCAGAUAUCGAGGAGCAUUAUCGUGAACUGAUGAAACAAUGGAAGAAAGACGACGACAGCAUCAAAGACAAGCUUGAAGAAAUUGAAGGUAAGAAAAGCAUUGUACUGUCAAUGAUGAUGAACCAGAAGGCUACAAAUGUAUAUAUUUUCAGUUAGCACAGCAGUGCAGGCGAGCUCAUGAAGUUUUCAUUUCGGUCGGAACUAGUCUUAUAUUUGGAAGGUAUUUUUGCGUCAUGUGUGAAAAAUGAAGAAUUAGCCCCAAUGUUUAAACUGUGUGUUCAUUUGUAAUAUUUUGGUCUGUUCGGGGUACUCGUGUACAAUUGCUGGACUACAUUUUUGUGAUUUCUAGGUGUCCUAUUGAGUUUGAUCUGUUCGGAAUCGACUAGAUAUUGACAUAGGUAUCAUUGUUUUAUCUGUACGUAAACGUGAAGCUGUGAUAUAAUUUUGCUUAUGAAAAUGCGCAUACCUUUUGAAAUUUUCAGAUUCGCUGGAAAACAAGAAACUUCAGAGACGCAACUGACAAGAUAGAGAUUGAUAUGAAAGAGGUGAAAGAAAAGCUUACUAGUCUGACGGCCUCAGCCGAAAAAAGCACACAAGAAGGUUAGUUGGUAGAAAGAGCUACUCACAGAAAAAAAGUUAUGAAGAGCGACACUGUUUUUUUAAGUACAUGACGCAGCUCUUGGGCAUGAUGACGGUAAUCGCUGGAUGUCGGCCAACACAGCAUACUUUGGUACUUUACUGGUCUAAGGGCACACCCUGGCUACCCCUCCCACUUGCCAUACAUGAAGAUACUCUAUAGUGUGUGGGAUGCCACGGAAUGUGAGAUAUUCUGCCCUGGCUACCUCUCGGAUUUGAUGGUGUUUUGACAGCACUCAUACAUAUGUAUGAUCGUAGGCGAGAUAGGUUAUUGUUCUUUUUUUUCGUAUCAUCUUUCUCAUAAUGAAUCUAACUUCCUAGUAGCGUUAGAUGUGACCCACGUACUUCUCAAUAAAAUAACCAAAUCCUUCCUCCGGUCAUAUUGUGUAGUAUCCAAUUCUACAUGGGAAAAUAGUUGAAUUAGAAUCGUCUUGAGUAAAAUGGGCCGGAAUAAGAUGCGUGUGGUUAUUUUACAUUUCCUGAGGAAAAGAUUGCAGGCAGAACCUCCCACUCCAUUACAGACGGGUCUCUAGGUUUCCUUUGGGUUUUUUUUUUGUUGCCCAAUAAAACACAGCAGUGUAAUAUAACUCAUAAUGUUUUCAUUUUGGUUGGAACUAGUCUCAUAUUUGGAACGUUAGUCUAGCGUUAUGUGUGAAAAAUUAGGAAUUAACCCAAAUGUCCACCGUGUGUUUUCAUUGGCAGUAUUUUUGUCUGUUCGUGGGUACUCGUGUACAACUGCUGGAGUGCAUUUUUGUGAUUUCUAAGCGUCUUAUUGAGCUUGAUCCCUUCGGAAUCGAGUAGAUAUUGACAUAGGUGUCAUUGUUUAUCUGCACGUUAAUGUGAAUUUGUGAGGUAACUGUGCUUAUGAAAUUGCGCUUAUCUUUCUUACCAAUGCAGAUUCGCUAAAUGACCUCAGAGAUACAACUGAGAAGAUAGAGAUUGAAAUGAAGGAGGUUAAAGAGACGCUUUGUGGCCUGACGACCACAGUGGAGAAAAGCACAGAUGAAGGUUGGUUGCUAAAAAUAGCUACUCACAGAUAAACUGAACUAUCAACAGGGAUUCCGUUAACUUGAGUACAAAACACAUCUUUUGAGCAUGACCACAUUAUUCGCUAGAUGUCGGCUAAUUUAACACUUUUCAGGUAAUGUAUUGUUGUAAGAGCACAUCUUGGCUACUAAGAUAAACCUACUCUGGCUACAAAUGAAGAUACCAGGUAAUGUGUGGGAUGAAUGGGAUGGCACGGAAUCUCAGGCUACCUCUCAGAUUGGAUAGCUUUCUGACAGCACUCAUACACAUUUGGCCGAGAAGGGUUAUUGCCUUAUUUUAGUUUUACUUUUGUUAAGGAUAUAACGAAUCUUACUUCCUAAUUCGUUAGCUUUUACCUGCAUAUUCUUGAACAGACUAAUGCAAUCCUUCUUCCACUCAAAUUUUUUGUAGAGUAUUCCACUUUGCAUGGAAAAUAUUGCUGAAUGAGGGCUGUGUUAGUAAAAAGGGGCAGGAGAAGGCGUAUGUGGUUAUUUUAAUUGUCCCGAGCGAAAAACUGUGAACGAAACUUCACAAUGCAUUGCAGGCGGACCUCUGGUUUGUGUCAGCGUUUUCCUUUUUCUAUGAGUAAACGAAGUGAAAACGAGGGCGGAAAAGCGUUCUUUGGUUUUUUUUAAUUAGUUCUUACAAUGUUGCUUUUUACCGACAAAAAUCUUACUCAGACUAUCGACUCUAAUGAUAUCAAUAUUUAUCUCCCGAGUUUCACUAUCAGAAACCGCCGAAACCGAGCCAUAAGUUUUUUUCGAAUGUUGUAUAAAAUUUAAAAAAAAACAACAACAACAGAGGAAGGGAAAAGGAUCUAUUUAGUUAACUUUUAAUGAAUAAAGUGACUCUCACUCGGACUAAAAAUUCCAAUGCUAUUCCACGAAAGGGUCUUUUGAGAAAAUGAUUGGCGAAAUGGUAAAGAUGGACAGCGAACUGAAAGAAGUGAAGAAAAAGCUGUGUACUUUGACAGCCUCAGUGGGAGAAAGCAAGGAUGAAGGUCAGUUGAAUUAUACAAUAAAAGUUAUCCUGCUUAACCGCAAAUUUCGCCGUAGUCAACAUGGCCUGUAUGUGAGAGAGGGAGAGAUCAUCCUAUGUGAAAGGGCUUCAGUUUUUCAAUUUAGACAAUCUCUGGAAUAAUCUCUGCGGUGUACUUUCAUUCCCCCCAAUUGUUCAAACUUUCACCCGUAAUUAGCCUGGAAAACUUUAUAUUUUGAUUAGAGUGGAGAACGAAAUAAAACGAAGUACAGUUUUAACGAAAACAUUGGCAUUAAGUUCGGCUCGAUGUUAGAAAUUAACAGAGCAGGUUUCACUGCAUUUACAAGCCAAAUAGCUUUUGGUCAGUAAAUUGACAUGAAUCAUACAUUGAUACCUUUUUCAUCGUCCAAGUAAUUUCUUUGGCAGUGGUGUCGUACUCAUUCACUAAUUUAAAUUCAGUGCCGAAUACCUAGUAGCAUUAGAUGUAAUCCGCAUAUUUCUGAAUAAAAUAACUAAACCCUUCCUGCGCUCAUAUUGUGGAGUAUUCAAUUCUACAUGGGAAAAUAGUUGAAUGAGGAUCGUCUUGAGUAAAAUAGGUUCCUAAGGAAAAGACUGUAGGAAAAACCUCCCUCUGCCACGGCACCACAAUUUUCAAUGCUGCAUUCAUCAGAUUUCUUACUUAUUUUGCUACUGCUAGGUGUUUUUGAUCCAACUGAGCUUAUCAAUGGAAUUCGCCAGCUGUACAAGACUCGCGAGGGAUGGCUCUCACCAUUUCCAUGGUGUGAAGAGUUUCACUUUUUUCUUGGCAAUAUUUUUACAAGGCUCAAAGUGGUCAGAAGAAAGAGAACGAGAGGAGAAAUCACCGACGUAUUUGUUGAGAUGUCGUCAAUACUAGACCCAUAUGAAGAGUGUUCAGCGCCGAGAACAGUGUUGAUUGAAGGAGAACCUGGUAUGGGAAAAACCACCUAUUGUAAAAAGUACGCUUACGACUGGGCCACAAAACAGCAAGAACCUCAGGGCUGCGGCUCAACAGCAUAUAAAGUGGUAUUGUUACUGAAACGUCGAGAUAUCCACUCUGACGUUUGGGAAGCCAUUGAUGAUCAGCUGCUGCCCCGAGACAUCGAUGAAGAAGUCAAACAACAAUUCUUUCAGUUCAUUCGUGAAAAUCAGUCCAGCAUUUUAUUGAUAUUGGAUGGAUUGGAUGAGUUACCGUCCAGUAAAUUGUCAAUGUUUUUCGAAUUAAUGGAAGGAAGAGUACUCCCCAGAUGCCACAUAGUUGCAACAGCAAGACACGAAGCUGGAAAAGAGGUGAGAAAAUGUUGUGACACUCUGCUUCAGAUCGAAGGAUUCACUGAAAAGCAUGUGAGAGGAUUUGUCACCAAGUACUUUAAAGAAAGGCCGGAUUUAGCCACCAAGCUCUCGCAACGGAUGUCGCGAGAUAAAAACCUGAGAGAAAUAGCGGCCAAUCCUCUAAACACAGCACUUCUUUGCCUUUUAUGCGAAGAGUUUGAGGGCACACUCCCCGAAAGCAGAGCUCAACUGUACUUGGAUAUGGUUGAAUGUGUUUUGAGAAGAUAUAGAAAAAGAAAAGGACUACUAGAAACGAUCGAAGACUUGACAAACUAUUACAAACCGCAAUUGAAUCACCUUGGAAAGGUAGCGUUGAAUGGUUUACUUGACGAUAAGUUGGAUUUCAAUGAAAGUGAAGUGAGAAACCAUGCAAAAGACCUGACUGAAUUUGGAUUUCUGUCAGUGCAGCCUGGUGGCAGCAAACUGAGACAAACACUGCAUUAUUCCUUCUUACAUAAAAGUUUUCAAGAAUUCUUUGCAGCAUUCUUCAUUUGUUCUCAGAUUCAAAGCAAGGAAAUGAAACCUAAAGAACUAGUUUCCGAUUCAAGGUAUUUCGUUGAACUUAAACAAAUACUUUUGUUUUCAUGUGGAAUUUUGGCCAUGAAAUGCGAUGAACAAGUUGUGGCUCUUGUAAAGAGUUUAACAAAUGAAGUCAAAAAAAAUAAAGGCCAUGGUGCAAAAAUUGUAUUGGAGGUCAUCAACGAAUGUAAAAGAGAAAAAAGCGAUUUUCACUCGCAUUUAUCGAAGUCGUUUGGAACUGAUUUGAAUCUGACCAAUUUGUAUUUGUGUGAGAAUGAUAUUAGUGCUGCGGGUGCUACAUGUAUUGCUGAGGCAAUGAAAGUGAACAAGACGCUAACCAAUUUGUAUUUGUCUGGGAAUGGUAUUAGUGAUGCGGGUGCUACAUGUAUUGCUGAGGGAAUGAAAGUGAACAAGACGCUAACCAAUUUGUAUUUGUCUGGGAAUGGUAUUAGUGAUGCGGGUGCUACAUGUAUUGCUGAGGCAAUGAAAGUGAAUAAGAAGCUAACCAAUUUGUAUUUGUUUUACAAUGGUAUUAGUGACGCGGGUGCUACAUGUAUUGCUGAGGCAAUGAAAGUGAACAAGACGCUAACCAAUUUGAAUUUGUUGUACAAUGGUAUUAGUGAUGCGGGUGCUACAUGUAUUGCUGAGGCAAUGAAAGUAAACAAGACGCUAACCAAAUUGGAACUGUCUUACAAUUGUAUAAUAAGAAAUUUGAAGUAGUAGGGUACUGCUUUUAAUGUAGGCAGGUAGCUUUGGAAAUUGAGGGCCGAAGGCCCGAACCUCUAGGGGGGUCCGGGGGCAUGCUCCCCCGGGAAAUUUUUAAAAGAAAAGUCUCCCAGAAACGCAUUUUCCUGCAAUCUGGAGAAGAAAUCUUCCAAUGAUGCAUACUUAAUCUAUUAUAAUAAAAAAGAAUGGUACUCUGGGAGAAUUUGUUUAUUUCACUGUUGUUUUCGGAGCCUCUUUUUAUCCUACAGUUACAAGUUACAAGUUAAAGGCCCAUUUCCAACCUUGAUGCAACUCGCGCCGCGACCCAAUUUCCUGUAACACGAAAUUUCCAGAUCACUGAAAACCUUCUAAAAUCGUCUUUCUCAAGAGCCAUCCUGAACAUAUAGUCAACAGUUUUACGGUAAAUACAUUCGCCGUUCGUUAUUUCACUGUUUCCUUACAGUAUUUUGAACUUUGUCCUGAAGAAUCCUAAGAAAAAUUUUUUUAAGUGUCACGCCUGGAGCUCUUCGUACUCUUGGAAGAGUCGGCGAAAAGGACAAUAUUCAAAUUUUUUCACUUUCUAGAAGCGCUUGAGGAUUCCAAUUUAAGACAAAAUACUUCUGAUAGAAACUGGCAUUUUUCAAAGAGAAAUAUGGAAAAAUAUUAGACUGCCGGACGUGUAGUUAUUUGAAGACCGUGUCCGGUAGUGUCUGGUGAAAAUUUUCUUAGUGUCACGCUUGGAUCUCUUCGUACUCUGUGUACAAGGUCAGCGAAAUGGAGAAAGUUGGCAUUUUUUCACUUUUUAGAAGCGCUCGAGGAUUGUAAAUGAAGGUAGAAUAUUUUCCAAUGAAAAAUUAGUAUAUUUUAAAGAGAAAUAUGGAGUUGUUUGAGGACCGUGUCCAGCCGUGUUAUUGAAAUUUUAAGCGCUUGGAUGGCUUCGUACUCUGUAUACAGGGUUAGCGAGAAACAUCAAGUUCGAAAUUUUAGGCUGCCUGGAGGCGCUUGAGGAUUGUACAUAAAGGUAGAACAUUUUCAUAUAAAUAUUUUUUGGAUUUCGAAGAGAAAUAUGGAAAAAUAUCGCACUGCUGGACGUUGAAUUAUUUUAAGUGUAGUCACUUCAUUGCAGGAACUCGAACGUCAGCGACACUGACAGUUUGUGUUACAAUUCUUAUUUGCUGCUUUGCAUGGACAACAACCCCGACCACUCUUUCGAGCGCAAGUUCCUCUCCACGGGCAGGAAACUUCAACUGACCCUUGGUCCUAUUUAACAAGGAUGGCAAACUUCAAUUAAAAAAAUUGAUGAAUGAAUGAAAACUGUCUCGGAAUCUACUAAAUCAAUAGAUUCAUCCAAUUCCAUACCGGAUUAAAACGUAUAGAACUGUUUUAAACAGAAUAAUUUUAAUAAGCUCUUCAAAUUCAUUGGAGAAAAGGCAGGUAUUUGAGACGUGACAAGGUAAAAAAUAACUGGCCAAUCAGAGGCGCUAUUUAAACAAAAGCGGUGGUUCAAAACGAAAACAAACGACCGCGUUGGCUCAAGGUUGGAAAUGGGCCUUUUAUCAGCUUAUAUAGUUAUAAAGCGUGAAACUGACACUUUUUGUAGUUUAUGAAAACUCAAAGUCAGAGCCACAAUCAGAAUCUUCGGCAUCCAAAUCUGGCAGCUCCAAGGCUUUGGAGAUUUCCUCUACCUCUUCCUCAACAGAAUAGAAUAACUGGGCGUCAUCAUCAGUUGCCUGUACACAAACAUCAUGUACAAUUAUCACUGGAACAUCCUCAUUUGCAGAUCCUGGACCUGGUGGUGGUGCUGUGUUGAAAACCUUUGGAGGGCGCUUGCGACGAGGUUUAGCUGCUAACCAGGACGAAACAGCCGAAUUAAGAACAAGUCCCUGUAAGAAUCAAACAUCUUGGGGAAUGAAAAUUUCCAACCCCCCUUCAAAUUUUGCAUGCAGUUAGGCGCUCAGGGGGGAUGCACAAAAAUACCCUUUAUAAAGGUCGCAGCACUCUUGUUGCCAUGGUAACAGCGGCUGCUUGUUCGAGGCCUAGGGCCUCGUUUUCACACAAAAACGUCGCAAAAAAAGAGUGAAAUUUUUAUUUCUCUAUCUCAAGCUAAAUAAAACAUUACAAAUUGGCACUUCUAUCAUACAUAGUAACAUUAUUCGUCUCUACAUUGAUUCAUUCAAUUUUCCCUGGGAGUGAAUGUGAACACACCAAUAGAUUAUUCAUCUCGGUACAGUUUCGGUCAUUUUUGUUGUCGGGUAAAACAGGGAAAACGUUUAUCUGAAUUUCUCCAAAAGUGCACCGAUUCUGCAACUGAAACUACCCACCUAGCUGGUUAUAAUAUUCUAGUUAUUAAAUAUGUAAAAAUCUCUGCGGACCUGCCUCUACUUUUUAUGGGGGAAAUUCCCAAACGAAGCUCAAAAUCAGAUAUUGCAUAAUUUGGCGAUGUUUCUAAUGUUCUCAACAAUAAAUGUUUCAGAAAAAUGAAACAUUCAAGGCUUUGAAAGAAUGUUGUCUUAUGAGCAAUAUCCCGAAGAGAAAUCUCACCUCUAGUAGUCAUCUUUAAAAAAAAAUUGAUCAACCUUCAUGGAGGACUACUCGACGUAAAAACAAACAUAUACCUCAAAUCGUGUGCAUAUCAUCCAGAUUCCGAAUGCUGCACCUUCUUUUAUGGGAAUUUGAGCGAUCUGAAGUCCUCUGAAGAUACACUGUUAUACUUGUAUGUCAUUUAAGACAUGUUGAAGUCGGCUGAUCUACACGCAACUAUCCUCACACCGGUCAUUUGUCAUUAACAUGUACGUUGUCACGAUGGCGUGAAUCCGUAUUUCUCCAUGAAGUUUCCAUCGGUCGCCCCAUAGAAGACGAGAAAUGGACAUUUUUCGAAAUAUCAGCAGAUUUCCGCGCAUUCUAGGUCAAAACAACCAAAAAGAAGAAGAAAACCUCGAUUGAACGCUCGUAAACACUGAGAGGGCAGACAUCGCAACUUGUCAGCGGCAGUACCACAUGUAAAACCCAGUCGCCACAAUAGCAAUUUGUACGACUCGCACGAAAAUCAUCACCAAGUGGAGAUUUUGAACUACUCAGUAUCCCUGCAGUACAGCAAACGGAACAGGAAUUUCAUCACAAUCAAUUUUCAAAAAUUUAGCUUUUUUCGGGGAGUCUUUCACUUGCUCGAACGUUAUAUUGGCUUUGAGCCUUGAGAUUUAUUUCCCUUGACAAUAAAAUGCUAUAGAAAGUACUUACAAAAUUACAAAAGAACUAAUUUUAGUGUCGGUUGGACCGAGAAAUACAGAUUUGAAAUAAUUAAUACUGUCACUGAUCAACCAAAGGGCACAAUCUUCUCAGUUAUUAGCUUGAUAAUCUCUACAGACCAACGUUAUUGGACCGAACGAUCUCCUGUUUCUUCCUGGUGAGCCGGCCACCUCAGGGGAAAAUUAAAGAGACCUUUGACUCUCCUUUUUUUCUGAAGGACAUGAAGCAAUCCAGAUUACAUAUCAACCAUGGGAAAAUUCGUUCAAGUGACAAGUUGCGAUUUACGUGUGGAUAAUAAGUUGUUUGAAAGGUAGAAUUAUGACAUUAUGAUUCCAUUAAAUCUUUUAUUUCGAACUUUCAAUAUGGAAGGAAAUAUCGAUUGACUCGAUUGCACUGCGGCGGUGAUAAGUCUCUCCUCAUCAUAUCUUAUGCAAAUUUUCUAACAGUUUUCCGACAGUUUUUAGAUGAUUCGAAAUAUCUUAGUUCCUGUCACAAGGAAGUGAUAACUGCCCGAAUCUGCUCUUUGAAAGGAGAUGCCCAUGUCGUUCAAAUUGCGAUUGCAACUGGGUUUUUACAUGUGGUACUGCCGCUGACAGUUACGAUUUAUACUCUCAGAUUCUCAGUGUUUACUAGCGUUCAUUUGAAGUUUUCCUCUUUUUUUCCUUUUUUUAUUUUGGGUUGUUUUGUUUUUACUUCAGAAAGCGGAAAUCUGCUAAAAUAUAUGAAAAAUAUCUAUUUCUCGUCUUCUUUGGAGCGACCGAUAGAAACUUCACGGAGAAAUACAGCAUCGUGAUAACGUACAUGUUUAUGACAAAUGACCGGUGUGAGGAUAGUUUCGUGUAGAUUCGCCGACUUCAACAUGUUUUAAAUGACAUACAAGUAGAACAGUGCACCCUUAGAGGACUUCGGAUUGCUCAAAUUCCCAUGAAAGAAGUGCAGCAUUCUGGACUAGUGCAGCACUAUCUGCAUGAUAUGCACACGAUUUGAGUUAUAUGUUUGUAGUUAUGUCAAGUUGUCCGCCAUGAAGCUUGAUCAAUUUUUUUUUUGAUGACAAGAUUUUUUUUUGAGG